AUGGAACGCUUUGUCUACCCUCCCUACAGUGUGUACCAGGGCUAUGGGAGCACCUUCACUCCCAGCCACAAUGUGGCCCCAAGGCCACCCUCCAAGCAGAAGCAGCCUAGCUGGAAGCAGAGCAAGAGCACCCCCAACCUCUACCGAGGGGUCCAGUUGGCCCCUUCAUCAGCCCCGUCGCUGGCCUCGCCGGACUAUCUGGACACCUACAAGCGGGCACAGCUGAAAGCGCUGCUCUCGCAGGUCAGCCCAGGCCUCACCCCGCGGCUCCGCAAAGCCAACACCAAAGAGAUUGGCGUGCUGGUGAACCCGCGGGUGGACGCUUCCGUGCAGUGCUCACUCGGCUCCCGCCCGCUCCAAGCCGUUCGGCCCCAAAGCCCCUUCGGGCGCUUCAGCUGGGAGCCGCCGCUGCCGGGCGUCUACUCGCCCGUCUUGGGCCGCCACCUCUUCACCUUGCCCGAAGCAGUGGUGGAACCCAAGGAGCUGCAGGGCGAAGCGCCCACGUCAAAACAGUCACUCGCCAAGGAGGAGGAGGAAGAGGAAGAGGCGGCAGCUGAAGACGAGGAGCUGCCGAAGAACACAGAGGAAAAGUCUGCCCAGCUGCAGGGUGAAGCAGCAGAGGGCGUCGGCGGAGGCAUCGGCGGAGGCGUCGCUGGGGAGAGCAAAACCACUUUCCAGUUCCUGGAACAGAAAUAUGGUUACUUUCACUGCAAUGACUGCAAGACCAGAUGGGAAAGUGCUUAUGUAUGGUGCAUUUCUGGAACUAAUAAGGUUUACUUUAAACAGCUUUGUCGUAAAUGCCAAAAGAGCUUCAAUCCUUACAAAGUAGAAGCAAUUCAGUGCCAAAUCUGUUCAAAGACCCGUUGCUCCUGCCCCCAGAAGAAAAGGCACAUUGACCUGAAGAGACCCCACCGUCAAGAGUUGUGUGGUCGCUGCAAAGGCAAAAGACUGUCCUGUGACAACACCUACAGCUUCAAAUACAUUGUCUAAUCUAUCGUCCUGACAAACUUGAGCUGUUCUUGCACUUAGCACUAUGCACUUUGUUACGUGUUUCAUAACCUGGCUCUGACUUUAGGCUUCUGACUUGGCACUGGAUAAUGGAUUAAAGAUUUUUGUAGGGUUAGAAAGUAUUCUUUGUUUCAGUGUACCUUGUAAUAAAACUUAAAUUCUAA